CAGUGGUGAGCUCCCACGGACCAGUCAAUCUGCUCGGCUCCGUCCCUCGGUCCCAUGCGGCUAGACCAGCGCAUCCAGCUAUCAAGCCCCCCUAGCACGAGGGGAACCUUACGAGAGGCUCGGAGAGCAUGGGGACAGCCGCAAUCUGCAACUAUCGGCCGACUUUUUCUCUCAAACUAACGGUUGUACCUGAUGGCCGGGGCCCAGGCCAUGGUGAGUUGUAUAAAGGGUGGUGGUGGUGCCCUCGAGGGGCUGUCUCUUCUUCUGGAUUCAAGAAGUCUAUCUGCACGCCCGCACAUCACACUCUUUGUUACCAGCGGCUGAAACGCGCCGUCCAUACGUGCGAGUACAAGGAGACAAAGGACACAGACAAAGACUUUGGGAUCACUAUACCCGGCAUCGUGCACAAUACAAGCGGAGCACAUCACGACCGACAUCCCACUCGGAUAGCAACAUUCAUUUCAACCUCGUCUAGUCGCAGACUUACACACACUCUCUUUUACAGCAUCGAGCUUCAGCCUACUAUAUAUAUAUAUAUUGCUUCCCGAACUACAGCUCGGAAACACCUCAGCCCGCUGAGACACUCGCUGACGAUCACGCGCCUUUCCACCACCACCACCACCGCUCACCGGAUCCCAAAACCCUCGCUUGCGAAGGCUGAAGAAGAAAAAAGACAACUGAGACACCCGUAAUCAAUCCUACAAAAACAACCAAUUCAUCAAAAAUGUGCUCCUACACCUACUCGUGGUACUACUGCAACCACGAUUACUACAUCUGGGCCGACUCGAUCGAAAUCUGCCCCAACCGCCUGCUGUCCGGAUACUCGUACGACGCCUGGAGCAUCGACAUGUGCAAGAACAUGAAGGUCACGUGUGGUGGCUUCUCGAAUUAUUACUGCAGCGAUUGCUCCGAGGACGUGGCGCUCGAGUUUGAGUU